AUCUGUCAAACUAUAUGACAGAUUCAUAAGUGUAAAAAUUUAUUUGCUCAUAUAUGGAUCGUAGCCAUCAGGUCAACAGUGUCAGACUGUCUCGGGAACAUUUUUUAAGGUAUCUCUUGGUCGAGUCAGUUGGUCGAUAGACUGCUGUUGAAUUGUAGGUAAAUUUCAAGUCUCAAAAUGUCCCACACUCGCCAGUCCCAUGCAAAGGACUGUGAUGUAAUAUCCAUUACCAAGUCAGCGGAGACUGACGACAACAAGAUUGCCAUGUGUGCCUCCCUGGAGUUGGCCAGCUGCCGAGCUGAGAACUGGCAGCUGAAGAAGAAGCUAAUCGAAUACGAGGCCACCAUCAAGAAUCUGGAGCAGCUGGUGACCACCAUUGCAAGCAAGCAGCAUCAGAUCCUCUCCGAGGUGGUGGAGCUGCGCAAGGAGAGUCGUGCUGCUUCGAUGUCUGCCGAUUUGCUUAACACAACAGGAUGCUCCUCCGUAUUGGAUGAUUCCUUCAUAUGCGAUGAUGAAGAGGAGGAGGAUGGGUACAAGGCCGACUCUGACUCCGGGGGCUCUCAUUGUCCCACACCGCGUUCCCUGUUGGCUUCAGCGGCUUCGGCAUCUUCGGUGGCCUCUUUAACUUCACUGGGCUUAUCCUCGAUCAGUUCGUUGGACAGCUCCGACAUCAGUUCAGUGUCUGAGAUCGACCUCACUCAGGGCGAAGCAACUCGCUCCGAUGAGGAUGAUGACGUUCCGUCCCCGAUUUCAUUGCCGGUUCGUCUGUCGGAGCAUUACAACUCCGACUCCGACAGUGAUGGGGAUUAGGUACAAUCGCUUAUAUAUUAUAAAAUGCUUGUUCGAAUUGCAUAAAUAUAAAGAGUAUAAAACUCCAA